AUGGGCAAAAGGAGUGGAUCCACCAACCUUCUGAAAUUGUCUGAAGCGGCAAGCUGCCUAAAAGUCAUCUGGACUCUGAGAUUGCAGAGCGUGGUUCUGGGAGCUGCUCAACUCCUCUGGUUCAGUGCCUUGAUCUCUGAGCUCACAAAUCAGAAAGAAGUGGCUGCAUGGACGUACAACUACAGUGUGAAAGCCUACUCGUGGAAUUACUCGCGGGCAUUCUGCCAGAGGCACUUCACAGACUUAGUGGCCAUCCAGAAUAAGAAUGAAAUUGCCUACCUCAACGACUUCGUGCCCUUCUUCAGCUCGUACUACUGGAUCGGGAUUCGAAAGAUUAACAAUAAGUGGACUUGGGUGGGCACCAGAAAGACGCUCACAAAGGAGGCCGAGAACUGGGCUGACAACGAGCCCAACAACAAGAGGAACAACCAGGACUGUGUGGAGAUGUACAUCAAGAGCGAGCUGGCGCCGGGGAGGUGGAAUGAUGAGCCCUGCUGGCGGAGAAAGAGAGCCCUGUGCUACACAGCCUCUUGCCAGGACACGUCUUGCAACAAUCAAGGUGAAUGCAUCGAGACCAUUGGGAACUACACCUGCUCCUGCUAUCCUGGCUUCUAUGGACCCGAGUGUGAAUAUGUCCGAGAGUGUGGAGAAUUUGACCUCCCUCCACACGUGUCCAUGAACUGCAGCCAUCCUCUGGGAAACUUCUCUUUCAACUCACAGUGUACCUUCCACUGUGCUGAAGGGUACGAAUUGAAUGGACCAAGCAAGCUGGAGUGUUUGGCCUCUGGAAUCUGGACAAAUAAUGAGCCCCCACAGUGCGAAGCCGUGCGGUGUCCGGCCCUGGAAGCCCCCGGUGAAGGAACCAUGGACUGUGUGCAUCCGCUGGCCACCUUUGCCUACGGCUCCAGCUGUAAAUUUGAGUGCCGGCCUGGCUAUCGAGUGAGGGGCUUGGACACACUCCGCUGCGUCGGCUCUGGCCAGUGGACCGCACCCCUGCCAGCCUGUGAGGCCGUUGCCUGUGAGCCUCUGGAGAGCCCCACGCACGGACGUGUGGAGUGCUCUCCACCCUCAAGCACCUUCCCAUACAACACCAGCUGCAGCUUCCACUGCGCGGAGGGCUUCGUGCUGCAAGGGGCCAGCGCCGCUCAGUGUGCCGACUCCGGCCGGUGGACCGCCCCGGCCCCGGCCUGUCAAGCUGUGCAGUGCCAGGAGUUUCCCGUGCCCAGAAGGGCCCAGAUGAAUUGCUCACAUCCUUUUGGACCAUUUCAGCAUCAGUCGGUCUGCAGCUUCUCCUGUAGAGAAGGUUCCCUCCUGGCUGGAGCAAGGGUGGUCCGCUGCAUGGCUACAGGACGCUGGAGCGCCCCUCCCCCAGAGUGCCGGGCUAUAAGCUGCACACCUUUGCUAAGUCCUCAAAAUGGAACAGUGACUUGCGUCCAGCCUCUGGGAGGUUCCAGCUACAAAUCCACAUGUCAGUUCAACUGUGAUGAGGGGUUUUCUUUAUCUGGACCAGAAAGACUGGAUUGUACUCCAUCUGGACACUGGACAGGCUCCCCUCCAACAUGUAAAGUCAUCCAGUGCCCAGAACUCUCCGCUCCAGAACAAGGCCACAUGGACUGUUCUCACGCUCACGGGCCAUUCAGCAUUGGCUCCUUCUGCAGUUUCUCCUGUGGUAAGGGCUUUGUGCUGGAAGGAUCGUUCGGUGUGGGGUGUACCAUGGCUGGGCGAUGGUCUACAGCUCCACCAACCUGCAAAGGUGCAGCAUCACGUCCUACUAAAGUGGUAAGAUGUCCAGCCCUCACCAUUCCCGGACAAGGAACAAUGUCCUGUCCAGGAGCCUUUGGUUUGAAUACCACUUGCUACUUUGGAUGCAAAGCUGGAUUCACGCUCAUAGGAGACAGCGCUCUCAGAUGCAGGCCUUCAGGACAAUGGACAGCAGCAACUCCAGCUUGCAGAGCCAUCAAAUGCCCAGAACUGCACGUUAAUCAAUCAAUAGUGAUGAACUGUUCCAAUCCCUGGGGAAACUUCAGCUUUGGCUCAACUUGCACUUUUCACUGCUCAGAGGGUCAGUUGCUUAAUGGCUCUGCAAAAGCAGCCUGCCAAGAAAACGGCGCCUGGUCAGCUAUCAUGCCAACCUGCCAAGCGGCGUCACUGACUAUCCAGGAAGUCCUGGCUUACCUCGGUGGAGCAGUGGCUUCUACAUCAGCUCUGGCCAUGAGUGGGGUACUCCUGGCUCUUCUAAGAAAACGCUUGAGAAAGAAAGAUGAUGGGGAAUGUCCUCUGAAUCCACACAGCCAUCUAGGAACGUAUGGAGUCUUUACAAAUGCAGCAUUUGAACCAAACCCUUGAAGAGACCUGUUCUUUCUCCUAGUCACCUUGUCCGAUCUCUGAGGAUCUGACUGGGGAACACCAAGCUUCCUGCUAGACUUGACUUUGACUGUAGCACAUUUGUAAAGUUUUCUGUAAAUAAUUGUGAAUAAAGGACACGAACACCUUUUUAGAUUAGCUUGACCAGAGCAGAAGGGUUAUGCCACAUUCCAGCUCUCCACCCUCACCCCUUCCUGCCCACACAAGCCACAGAAACCAGCCGCCAAUGGUUCUGCUGCUGCCUGUGAGCUUUGGCCCAAGACAGGGGCAUCUGACUCACCAGAAGACCAGACUGUGGAGAAAUGAAAAUAGUGCCUUUUGGUAUUCUCUAUGCUGUUGGAAGACAAGAGUCUUUAACUGGAGGUUAAUCCUGGAAGAUCUCCUGGAGUUUUCAGUGGUUGCUGUCUCUGAGGUCACUUAGUCCCUCAGAUACUGAGGCUUCCAAAGAAACUUCUGGAUGACACCAGAAGCUGUAGAAGACCAAAAACAUCUCACUGCCAAAUUCCUCAACCAAAGGCCCCAAACAUCAGUAUUGGAAUGUGUAAUUAAAACAGUCCCCCUUCAAUGCUGUGUUCCUCUGUUGGGCGUCUCGUUCAAUAAAAUAUGUGUGUGCCACUUAAUCAUUAACGUAGCACACGGGUACAAUUGUUCCAAUGUCAACCCCACCUUUGAGGGAGCCAGCAAAUGUGUAAACAUACCACUUGCUCCAAGAGAAAAAUCAGAGAAGCAGCAAAAUCUUCAUUAUCUAAUGUUCUCUGGGUAGAAUGGGUAUGUUUUAUUAGUAUA